AUGGUGAGCCUUGGCACAAAUCCCGGGGGGCACAGGAUCCAGUCGAUCCUCAAGGAUGGGCACAAGCACCUCUCGGGCCUCGACGAGGCCGUCCUCAAGAACAUCGGCGCCGGCCGCGAGCUCUCCGCCAUCACCCGCACCUCCCUCGGCCCCAACGGAAUGAAUAAGAUGGUCAUUAAUCAUCUAGACAAGCACUUUAUCACGAAUGAUGCUGCAACAAUCGUGAACGAGCUUGAGGUCCAACACCCUGCUGCUAAGCUCCUAGUGCUUGCUGCCAGAGCGCAACAGGAGGAGAUCGGAGAUGGAGCUAACCUCACCAUAUCUUUCGCGGGUGAACUGCUCGACAAAGCCGAGGAGCUCAUCAGAAUGGGACUGCAUCCAAGUGAGAUCAUCAUUGGGUACACCAAGGCCAUUCAUAAGACGCUUGAGAUUUUGGAGGAUCUAGUUGAGAAAGGCUCGGAAAAUAUGGAUGUAAGGAACAUGGAAGAGGUCCUGUUGAGGAUGAGAUCUGCUGUUGCCAGCAAGCAAUUUGGCCAGGAGGAUGUGCUUUGUCCACUUGUGGCUGAUGCCUGUAUCCAAGUUUGCCCAGAAAAUCCAGCAAACUUUAAUGUUGACAAUGUUAGAGUGGCAAAGCUGGUUGGAGGCAGCCUGCACAAUUCUUCUGUAGUCCGUGGGAUGGUUCUGAAAAAUGACGCUGUUGGAAGCAUUAAAAAAGUGGAGAAUGCGAUGGUUGCGGUAUUUGCUGGUGGUGUGGACACUUCUGCAACUGAAACGAAGGGAACUGUUCUUAUACAUUCUGCUGAGCAUCUUGAAAACUAUGCUAAAACAGAGGAAGCAAAGGUGGAGGAGCUUAUCAAAUCUGUGGCUGAUUCAGGUGCCAAGGUCAUUGUCAGUGGAGCUGCAGUUGGCGAUAUGGCAUUGCAUUUUUGUGAACGUUACAAGCUAAUGGUUCUGAAAGUCAGCUCAAAGUUUGAGCUUCGGAGAUUCUGCCGUACUACUGGGGCUGUAGCACUUUUGAAGCUUAGCCAACCAAAUGCGGGCGAAUUAGGAUAUGCAGACUCUGUUUCAGUGGAAGAAAUUGGUGGUGCUCGAGUGACUGUUGUCCAAAAUGAAGAAGGUGGAAAUUUAGUGGCUACUGUUGUCUUAAGAGGCAGUACUGACAGUAUAUUAGAAGAUCUUGAAAGAGCUGUCGAUGAUGGCGUAAACACGUACAAGUCAAUGUGCAGGGACAGUCGGAUUAUUCCUGGAGCUGCCGCAACAGAAGUAGAGCUGGCAAAGAGAUUGAAGGAAUUUUCUCUGAAGGAAACAGGGUUGGAUCAGUAUGCCAUUGCAAAAUUUGGUGAAAGUUUUGAAAUGGUUCCAAGAACACUUUCUGAAAAUGCUGGACUUGGUGCAAUGGAGAUAAUAUCUUCCCUCUAUGCUGAGCAUGCUGCUGGCAAUGUGAAAGUUGGCAUUGACUUAAAGGAAGGUUCUUGCAAGGAUGCGUCAAUUAUGAAAAUAUGGGACCUCUACAUUACAAAGUCCUUCGCUCUAAAAUACUCGGCAGAUGUUGUAUGUACUGUACUGCGGAUUGACCAGAUCAUCCUGGCAAAGCCAGCAGGAGGUCCGCGGCCCCCCAAACAAGGUGGUAUGGAUGAAGAUUAG